CCGAGUCGAGCCGAGCCGAGCCGAUCCGAUCCGAUCCGAUCCGGUGGCCGCGCACCAGCUCCAUGGCGACCCCCAGCCCCUGCAUCGUGAUUGGCGACGAUGAACAAGGUUAUGACUUGGACUUGUUCUGCAUACCUAAACAUUAUGCAGAUGACUUGGAAAAAGUCUAUAUUCCUCAUGGGCUUAUUAUGGACAGGACAGAAAGAUUGGCACGAGAAAUCAUGAAGGGCAUGGGAGGACAUCAUAUUGUAGCUCUUUGUGUACUCAAGGGUGGCUACAAGUUUUUUGCUGACUUACUAGACUAUAUCAAAGCACUGAACAGAAAUAGUGAUAAAUCUAUACCCAUGACGGUAGACUUCAUCAGGUUGAAGAGUUAUUGUAAUGAUCAGUCAACUGGAGAUAUAAAAGUAAUUGGUGGGGAUGAUCUCUCAACCUUGACUGGAAAGAAUGUCUUGAUUGUAGAAGAUAUAAUUGAUACUGGUAAAACAAUGAAAACGCUGCUGUCUUUGCUUAAGCAGUAUAACCCAAAGAUGGUGAAAGUAGCCAGCUUGUUGGUGAAAAGAACUCCUCGAAGUGUGGGGUAUCGGCCUGACUUUGUUGGAUUUGAAGUGCCAGACAAGUUUGUUGUGGGAUAUGCCCUAGAUUACAAUGAAUACUUUCGCGAUUUGAAUCAUAUUUGUGUGAUUAGUGAGACGGGCAAACAGAAAUACAAAGCAUGAGACGCUGUUCAAGUGCUAUGACAACAGAGCUUUGAGACAUUUUGUUUACCGAGUCCUAUCUUUCACAGGCUUCAACUCCAGUACACCAGCUAAAGCUAUAGAACGAAUGUUCCAGCCUCAGUGUCAUAUGCUUACUCUAACUUAUUGCAUGUACAAUAUAAGAAUCUUGUCCUGUUCGUUUUUAUUUUAGAAAUGUCAACCAGUCAGUGCAGUUCUGCACUCCUUAUUUUGAUUUGCACUAUCUACCGACUAUCGCUGCCCCUGGAUGGGUUGUGCUGUUUGUGAGCUCCAGAGUUUAACUCUUGACGUGGCAAAUCGCUUAAACCUCAUCAACCCAGAACUGAACUAGUUCUUGUACUGUAAAUGUAAGACAUUUUAUGAUAGGGAAGUCUAUUAUAAAUAUUUUUUAAAAAAAAUCUGUAAUUUAAGUUUUAUAUUUUAAUUACUGCACAGAAGUGAUUGUGAUUAUUGGGUAGUUGCACCCUGGGGUGUUAGAAAAUAUGAGGAGCAGCCAAUUACAGUAUCUGUAAUCUCCAAGGAGUUGACCACAUCUCCUGGAGUUGCCUUAUUGCUGGUAGAGGAAGGCUGAGUGAAAAAUGUCAUUUUUGGGCUGAAAGGAAGUGGAAUAACAAAACAGAGUGUUUAAACAUUAGUUUUAAUUAGACUGCCCAUUUCUUAUAGAUCAGUUGUUCUUUCUAAUAUUCAUCAGGCAAUGGAAUUGCCUUCUAAAGAUAAGCAAUUGUAAUAUUUUACAGUUGUGAAAAAAUAUUGUAAUGUUUGCUCUAUGUGAUCCACAAAACAAAGUAUUUUAAAUAAAGGCUGUCUCUUUAAAAAAAAUGGUAUACACCUACAGCACUCAUUCUAUGUAUUAAAGUGCUUUUGAAACAUGCUUCUCACUAAUGAUAUUUUAUCAUAACAGUCUUUCUAACAGUGAAGGCAGACUGUACAUUUGGUGGCUUUACAGAGUUUUCAAUUAUAUGCUAUAUAUAUCUAUAUAUAAAAUACUGGGUGAAAAAUAUGGAAACGCUUCUAUGUUCUAUACCAAACUAGAUUUCAGAAAAAAUGGUGUUUCAACACAGUGUUUCCUUGUUCUGCUUUAGCAAAGUAAAGAGUGAAAAUAAAUGUUCAUUAAAAACACCAACUGAAAAUAAAACAUUUUGUGAGUGA